UCUUGUCAGUAUCUGUCCGCGUGUGUGUGGAUGGAGAUCAGAGCCAUUGCAACAUAAAACCCUGAGUCAUGCUUUGUGUGGAGAGUUAGGGAACGGUGGCUAGUAAAUGCAGGGUUGUUCUUGGAACAACAUUUAUUUCACUAUGUACAGAGGCUUGCAGUGAAAUGAAACCAAGGCGGGAUCUUGCCUGCAUUGGAUACCGUUCGGAUACAGGAGAGAACUGCCAGAUCCAGAGGACGAGAAAUGAAGCUUCCCAUCUGACCUCUGACCAUGUCCAGAUACCAAGUGACCCCGGGACCUUCUGCAAUUGGGCCAAUGGCCCCAUCCUCUCGGGUUUUCUUCAUUGCUGAACCUUUAAAGAACAGAUGAUUCCCCCGUCUCCGAGACUUCACGUUCCAGAUAUCUCCUCGCUCCCUUCUGCCAGUGCAUUCAAAAACAAAUAUAUUUUGUAUUUGGUGCAGAGAUGUGGAUGGGAUUUUAAAAGUUGCUGGUGGACUCCCGGCACGUCCCUUCUCGCCACAUUGGACGCGGGCCUCCCGUUGAAGGAUUGAGAACAGGAGGUAUCUCCUGAGAUGCAAACAGGGAGAGCUGGUUAGAGGUCGCGAUGGACGACUCUGAUAUUGUGAGACGCAGAAGGGUCCAGAAGGACCUGCCUCUAACAAGAAAAGGAAGCAGUUGUCGAACCAGCAACAGGAAAAGCUUGAUUCUGACCAGCACAUCACCAACCCUUCCACGGCCUCAUUCACCACUCCCAGGUCACCUAGGCAGCAGUCCCUUGGACAGUCCUCGGAACUUCUCUCCCAACGCCCCAGCUCACUUCUCAUUUGUGACCUCUCGAAGCCAUGGUCAUCGCAGUGACAGGGCAGACGGGCGCCGAUGGUCCCUUGCCUCCCUGCCAUCCUCGGGAUAUGGUACCAAUACUCCCAGCUCCACAGUGUCUUCUUCGUGCUCGUCGCAGGAGAAGCUUCACCAGUUGCCCUUCCAGCCCACGGUGGAUGAGCUGCACUUCCUGUCCAAGCAUUUUGGGAGCACAGAGAGCAUCACCGAUGAUGACGGAGGGCGCCGCUCACCGGCCAUCCGCCCACGCUCCCGGAGCCUCAGCCCCGGACGCUCUCCUUCCUGCUACGACAAUGAAAUAGUGAUGAUGAACCAUGUCUACAAGGAAAGAUUCCCGAAGGCCACUGCGCAGAUGGAGGAGAGGCUGCAGGAGUUCUUCACGGUCAAUGCACCGGAAAACGUGCUCCCAUUGGCCGACGGUGUCCUCAGUUUCAUCCACCACCAGAUCAUCGAGAUGUCCAGAGACUGCCUGGAUAAAUCGCAAGAGGGACUCAUCACCUCCCGGUACUUCUACGAGCUGCAAGAGAACCUGGAGAAGCUGCUGCAGGAUGCUCACGAGCGUUCAGAGAGUACAGAAGUUGCCUUUGUGACACAGCUGGUGAAGAAGCUGCUUAUCAUCAUCGCACGACCUGCACGUUUACUGGAGUGCCUGGAGUUUAAUCCAGAAGAAUUUUACCAUCUACUUGAAGCAGCUGAAGACCAUGCUAAGGAGGGCCAUGGGGUUAAAAUCGACAUCCCACGUUACAUCAUCAGCCAACUGGGGCUGACCCGAGACCCUCUGGAAGAAAUGGCCCACCUGGACACCUAUGACAAUGCAAGCCUCAACACCCAAGAGUUGGUCGACCUCAUUGAUGGUCGUGGAUCCGCUGGUAAACCCACAAAGGCACCAUCUGAAGAAGACUUUGAUACCAUCAAACUAAUAAGUAAUGGAGCAUAUGGUGCCGUAUAUUUGGUGAGGCAUAGAGAAACCAGGCAGCGCUUUGCAAUGAAGAAGAUAAAUAAACAGAACCUGAUUCUCCGAAACCAGAUUCAGCAGGCAUUUGUGGAGCGUGAUAUCCUUACCUUUGCAGAGAACCCGUUUGUUGUCAGUAUGUUUUGCUCCUUUGAGACCAGGCGUCACCUCUGCAUGGUAAUGGAAUAUGUAGAAGGGGGUGACUGUGCAACAUUAUUGAAGAACAUUGGCGCUCUACCAGUGGACCUGGCCCAGAUGUACUUUGCGGAAACUGUCCUGGCUUUGGAAUACCUACACAAUUACGGCAUCGUUCACCGAGACCUAAAGCCAGACAACCUCCUGAUAACGUCAAUGGGCCACAUUAAGCUUACAGACUUUGGCCUCUCAAAAAUCGGACUGAUGAGUCUCACGACAAACCUCUAUGAGGGUCACAUUGAAAAGGAUGCCAGGGAAUUCUUGGAUAAACAGGUGUGUGGAACUCCCGAGUACAUUGCCCCUGAGGUCAUCCUUCGGCAAGGCUAUGGGAAGCCAGUCGACUGGUGGGCGAUGGGUAUUAUCCUGUACGAAUUCCUGGUGGGGUGUGUGCCCUUCUUUGGUGACACCCCUGAGGAACUGUUUGGCCAAGUCAUCAGUGAUGACAUCAUGUGGCCUGAUGGAGAUGAGGCUCUCCCUGCUGAUGCCCAACACCUUAUCUCCAGUCUCCUGCAGCCAAACCCAUUGGACCGGCUGGGAACAGGAGGCACCUAUGAGGUUAAGCAACACAGUUUCUUCAAAGAUCUGGACUGGAAUAGCUUGCUACGACAGAAGGCAGAAUUCAUACCACACCUGGAAUCGGAGGAAGACACCAGUUACUUUGACACUCGCUCUGAUCGAUAUCACCAUGUGAACUCCUACGAUGAGGACGACACCAAUGAAGAUGAACCAGUAGAAAUUCGCCAGUUUUCCUCCUGCUCCCCCCGCUUUAUUAAGGUUUACAGCAGCAUGGAGCGCUUGACGCAACACGAAGAGCAGAAGGCCCCCGUGGUCACCAGACGCAACCUAAACAAGCAUAAGGAGGAGAAGAGCGAGGGUCUGAACGCCCUCGGCACCCGGGACAAGAGCUGGAGGACAAGCUCUCCAGAAAUGAAGCGCCUCUCGGCCUCCGAGUCCUCGUACGGCGAGAGCGACUCCAGCCCUCCACUCACCGUCCGCCGACGCUUCUCCGCCCUCAUGGACACCCACAAGUUCGCCGCGCCCCUCGAGGAUGACACGGAGGUGACGCACAAAAACCAGGAAGUGCAGACGGUGGCUCCUGCCCUGGAUCAGGGCAGCCAGUUGGAGCCGCACCGGAAAGACACAGAAGGGCAGGGUUCCCUCGUCACGGGGAAUGCUAGUGGCAGUCCGACAUUCCCAGCUGAUCGGCCAGUGAAGUUAAGCGAAUCUCUGCCCAGUGUUACCAAGGAAACUGACCCAUCCUCCACAAAGGCCACGAGCGAUCUAGCGGUGCGGAGAGCACGCCACCAACAACUGUCUGGGGACUCGGCAGAGAAGCGCACCUCCCGGCCCGUAAACAAGGUCAUCAAGUCAGCUUCGGCCACAGCCCUCUCGGUCAUGAUCCCUGCAGUGGAACAACACAGCGGGUCCCCCCUCGCCAGCCCCAUGUCACCACGGUCACUCUCAUCCAAUCCGUCCUCGCGCGAUUCCUCGCCCAGCCGGGACUACUCGCCGGCAGUCACCAGCCUGAGGUCCCCCAUCACCAUCCACCGGUCGGGGAAGAAGUACGGUUUCACGCUCCGUGCCAUCCGGGUCUACAUGGGAGACACGGAUGUCUACAGUGUUCAUCACAUGGUCUGGCAUGUGGAAGAUGGAGGGCCUUCACACGACGCAGGGCUUUGUGCUGGCGACCUUAUAACUCACGUCAACGGGGAGCCUGUCCAUGGACUGGUCCACACCGAAGUUGUGGAACUUAUACUGAAGAGCGGAAACAAAGUGACGGUCACCACCACACCAUUUGAGAACACUUCCAUCAAGAUUGGGCCGGCCAGGAGAUCCAGCUACAAGGCCAAGAUGGCAAGAAGGAAUAAGAAAAGUUCAGGAAAGGAAGGGCAGGAAAGUGGGAAGAAGCGCAGCUCCUUGUUCCGGAAGAUAACCAAGCAGUCCAACCUUCUACACACCAGCCGCAGCCUCUCGUCCUUGAACCGCUCGCUCUCCUCCAGUGACAGUCUACCUGGCUCACCCACCCACAGUCUCUCCGCCCGCUCUCCUACGCAGAGCUACCGACCAACGCCUGACUCUGGCUAUUUAGGAGGAGGAGGUAACUCAUCCCAAAGCAGCUCUCCAGGUUCAAGCGUCCCGAAUUCCCCAGCCACCCCCCACCACAUCAGACCCAGCAGCCUCCACGGGCUGUCCCCAAAGCUGCAACGCCAGUACAGGUCGGCACGCUGCAAAUCUGCCGGGAACAUCCCACUGUCCCCUCUGGCUCACACUCCGUCACCCACACACCCUUCCCCUCAACACCCCCCGUUCCCCCUGCCCUCCCACACAGUGGGCAGCUCCAACACCACCCAGACCUUCCACGUCAAGCUCCACUCGUCGCCUCCGGUGGUCCGGCCGCGUCCCAAGAGCGCCGAGCCGCCGCGCUCCCCGUUGCUCAAGAGGGUGCAGUCCGCCGAGAAGCUCUCCAUGCCCCUCGCUUCCGAGAAGAAGCUGGCGAUACGCAAGCACAGCCUCGAGGCUUCCCAUUCAGACUUUCGGAAGGAGGGGCUGCACAGCGAUAUUAGCCUCCAGAGUCUAGUGGAAUCGGAGGGGGAAGUUCUGGGAUCAAAGGCUGACGGCAGUGAAGUGGGAGCCUUCAGGCAGAUGGCAGUAAGGAAGCUGGGAAGGCAGGAAUCUCCUUUAAUCGACCGAGAUAUGUUCUCCACCAUCAGGCAAGAGAGGGGGGAAGGACUUGACCCCGUACAGGAGCUGGAAGUUAAGACGAGCGAUCAUGAGGAAGGGGUCAAAGUUGGCCAAGAGGAACCAAAGAGGUCCUGGUCCACACUGCCCUCUGUCCAUGGUGGGACCAACAGCGUUACAAAAGGAGGGGAUGAAAGCCCAGGAAGGAAUUGUACAAGUCCUCCUUCAUUGAAGAGCUCUGGUUCAUCAAAGCCCCUGAUUUCGGAGCCACCUCCAGAAAGAACAACAUUAGCAUCUUCAGACCGAGACAAGGCUGCACCGUGCAGCUCCCCGAGUGGAAAAAAUGGGGUGCCUUCUUCCUCUGUUCCAACAACGGGUGCGGACAAGCAUUCUGGAUCUUCGCAGGCCUUACGCCCUGAUACGUUGGCGGCACAUUCUGAGGUGAAAGUAUCUUCAGGUCCUGUAACAGCCAGCCUUAACGUCAGCAUGACUCCCUCUGUCCAAGUCAACACUGUUGGCAAAUCCUCAGACAAAACUCAUCCCCAUCAGUCCAAGAAGACCCCAUCUAAUGGCCCGCCAAGUAAGAGACACCAGGGAGUGCAAACUGAGCCAAUGGGAUCCACCUGCCCAAGCUGGGAUGGUGGCUGCAACCUACAGAUGGACAAGGGUGCCACGUCGGAGGCAAAUGAUGCAUCUCCGGGGAUCGGUUCCCAUCCAGGGUCUAAGGAAAAGGGGAAAACUACUGAAAUCCCUGCCGUUCCAGUCCCAGCUGCCGGAGACAGCAAAGGCACGAGGAGCUCAGCAAGCGAGACCAAAGAUGCAGCUGAAGAGCCGUGCAGAGCUGAGGGGAAGGAGCCUUUGCCUCUGGAUUGCCUUCCUCAUCCAGCCAAGCAGCAAGACCCUGCGGAUAAAAGUGCCCCAGUCAACUGUUACAAAGGAGUCCUCGAAACCUCUCUGGAGGGUCACCCAGUCCCAGAGAAUAAAGUCAAGAAGCCACCUGCCUCCACCGCAUGUGGACCUGGGCAAGGCUCCCCAACUGCAGUGGCAUCGUGUGGGGACAAGCCCAGCUUUGUCAACCAUUUGGCCACAGUGGCAAAGAGUGUACUAGGGCCAGUGAAAAUGGCCAUCCCCAUGGCACCCACAACUGUGGAGAGAUGGAAGGCAGGGGACAAUGUAAAGACACUCACUGAACAACAGGGGAGCCCCACGACCUUCUCAGCACCAGUUCCUAAGCCAGUAUCUGCGGCAACAACACAGGACACAGAGUGUCCAGCUCUUCUGGAAAAGAAAGUGAUAAACCAUCAAAAGUUUUAGUAAGGGCUGUGUGCGUGUGUGUGGGCGUGUAUGUACGUGUGGAAGUGUGUGUGCCUGUGAAUGUGUGUGUGUGUAAAAUAAAAGACCUGCAAAUAACUGGGUGUUUAUAUAAAAUCAAACACUUCCUGAGGUGAACAACACAACUGGGGGAAUUUAAAAAAAACUUAAGAAUCUCGGAUUCUGAUUUGCCAAGGUGCCCAUUCAGUUGAAAAAAAAUGACAAAUAUUUCAAAAGAAUGUGAAAGGUUUCAAAACUAUUCGUGUUUCGGCAUCAUGUGACUGCAUGUUUGUGUAUAAAAUAUACUGGCUAAGUGCAUUACAUGCUUAAACAGCUUUUACAUGUCAUAUACUUAAAUAUUCUGAAGUGCUCUUGUAUAAAGGGGUUAGUAAUUUAUUGAAGUUAUGUAAAUUGGCUGCAGAUUAGCAUUUAACCCGAACCAACACCCCUCAAUCUGAGGAAGUAUUCCAAGAUUCAGAAUCAGUGUUGUAUAUGUUCUUAAAGGGACCCAACCUCCUGUGAGCUUUUAGCGUAGAAAAGCUGAUGUGCUUGAAGCAGCUCUGACCCCCUCUUUUCCAAUAUAGAAUUGUUAUGGAGGGGAGGGGGUAUUCAUUCCCAGGAUGUGGGCUUCUUUUGUAAGGCCAGCACUUAUUGGCCAUCCCAUAUUAUAGUGGCUUGUCGGGUGAUUCAGAAGGCACAUUGCAUCCACGUCUACAGUCCCAUAUAGAUCAGACCGGGUGAGGACAACAGACUUCCUUCACUAAAAGACAUUAGUGAACCAGGUAGGUUUUUACAACAGCGUGUUCACGUGCAUGUUACAACUGUACUAUAGCACUUCUAUGGCCUGCUUUUGAUGGCUAUUUCUGUUGCCUGACAUUGACUGUUAAACUAGAUUAUUAAUCCCAACCUGUUCUGAUGACCAGAGGUCCACAGUGCUACAGCAGGUAGGAAACCACACCGUGGUGCAUUUCUCUGAGGUGGGACUGGAUCCUUGUGAUAGGCACACCACCAUGUAGCUGCUGAGAGAAUGCCCAGACCAAGCAAGAGCUCUGAUCUCUAUGAAAUGAGCUCUAACAGUAGAGCGAAGGAAAUUCCUAGCCUACUCCCUCUGCUGCUACACCAGUAACUUAUUCUCCAGAUAGAUUCUAACUGGUCAAACUUAGCCAUUGUGUUAACAUUUAAUUUGCCAAAAUCCUGCCUGGUAUUGGCUGUUGAUGUCUGUGAGCAAGAUUGGGGCCUGCAGUCCCAUUGGCUCUCGACAAAAAACAUGAUUGCCAUUUGGCCUCGAAUUUGUUUCUUUGGCCCAGUUGCGCUGCUGUCUCAGGUUCGAUCCUGACCUCGGGAUCUGUUUCUGUUUCUCCGUGACCGUGUGAGUGUCCUGGUAGUUUAAAUGGCGACUGCACAUUGCCCCUUAGUGUAGGUAAGUGGCAAAAGAAUCAGAAGUGAAAGUUGGUGAGCACGUGAGAGAGAACACAUUGAAAGCCUGCAGGGGAACAAGAUGAAGGGGAGUUGGCUGAUGGGAUUGUUAUUCUGGGACAACUGGCCACCUUUGUUGUAAUAAGUAUGUAAAGUGUGAGAAACACUUGGAUUCCUGAUGAUGCUCACAAGCUGAUGAAAGGAGUAACCGACACUGCUAGUUGGCAUAGUAAAAGCUGCCUGCAGGAUUAUUGCAUUGGAAUGUGUUGAGAAUAACGCUCACCCAUACAACCAAUUAAAUCAGGCGCAGUUGGAUGUAGCAAGGGGGGGAAAUCAUAGGUCCUGAGGUGAAAUGCCAACCGUCGGUCUCCCGUACACUUUAGUUACACAUAGCUGAUGAGUUAUUCCUUGGAACGUGUCCCGGUUGCUGGAUGAGCAUUGAUCUCAUGAACAAGUGGUGGCGUGGUAUCAUACUGGAUGUGGACCUCGGUAGAGAAUGGACCUCAGUGCACUGAAGUGGUAGCCACUGCAAGUCGCAGACGGUUGAAUAGUUGAAUUCUACUGUGCCUUUCGAUGAGUCUAGCCAAAUGCUACAAUUAUUUAUUUUGCACUGUUCAAUAGUAACUUUGAAGAUGGAAUUAGAUAUAUAAGUGAAUGAGUGAAAGCUGCAAGGCCAUAGGGUAAGAUCAGGUCACUGGAGCUAAUUUGUUGGCUCUGUCAAAGAACCAGCAUAAUGAAUGGGACAAAUAAGGUCCUCCUGUACUGUGAGAUUAAUUUAGCUAAGUUAGAUGGCCACUCAGGGUUGUUGGUUAUAUCCUGGCUUGGAUGAAGUGUUAGUGAUUUCUAUUGGACUGUUCCCAAAUUUUACUUGAUUUGUCCAGAUGCUGGGGAAGAGUAGGUUUCUAGCUGAAUGCAAAGCUUAAUUAUGCACUGUAGAUAGUGAGCCUGGUGUUUGGAGGAAUACCCAGCCACUACUGAGCUCGUGGCUGGUUCCUGCCCCUCCUUUUUCUAGCCGUGUAGUAGGCCUGUGGUUUCAUGCAGCUUGCAGCUCAUUCACACACAUCGUAACACUGCUGGGCUCGGAGGAAGAGGAUAUUACGGGGAUGUGUUGUAUCUGGGGGGAAAACAAGGCCAUUACUGCUCACUUUUUAUUGAAGGGUGAACUGCCUCAUUGCAAGAAUAGCUCCCACUUCUCGGUUGGUGUCUCCCUUUCUCCCUCCUUUCUGUUCUCCCUCCUUCUCUCCCCCUUUCCACACUCAAUCCCUCACUUCUCUCCACAUUUUCUCUCCCUCACUUUCUCUCUCUCCCUCCCUAUGCCGCUAUCCUUCAACACAGUUUAUCACUCUCUCUCUCCUCGCUUAUUCCACUCUACUUUUCCUUGUACCCUACUUCUCUUCCCUUCCUUUCCAAUAUCCUCUCUCUGUCUUUUCAUAUUUCCUCUCUCACUCUCCCUCCACGUUCCCUCCCUCUCUCUGCUUCUCUCUUGACCCACCAACCUCUUCUCACCCCCACCCUGAACAUAGCCCUCUCCACAGGCCCAGUGUUGAUUCAAUUGCCGGUCCAUUAUGGAGUCACUUGACAACCCGAGUAAGGUGGUUGCCAGAAGUGACAUCCCAUUUGAAUUGACUCACCUCCUGUCAGCACUCAGUUCGAUCAAUGGAGUCAAACUCCAGGCGCAACUGGCCAAACCUUUUCUUAGGAUAUGGACACCACUAAUAAGGCCAGGAUUAGGUGGUGUGGUGACACUCCACUUGAUCCUGCCGCCUCACAGCCAAAUUGUCCCGGGUUCAAUCCUGACCUGUGUAUGAAGCUUAUGUGCUCUCCCCAUGACCGUGUGGGAUUCCCCUGGAUGUGCCGGUUUCUUCCCACCUUCCAAAGAUGUGCAGUUAGGUUAACUGCUGACUGCAAAGUACCCUUUGGAGUAACAGAGUGGCAAAAAGAAUGAGAGGGCAGUUAAUAGGCAUGUAGAGACCGAGUAACUUGUCGGGCUUCGGGGCAUAGGGAGAGGGAGAACAGGACCUUGCUCUGCUGAGAAGCAGCAUGGACCCGACAGUCUGAGCUACUUCAUUCUGUGUCGCAGUAAGGUUCACUGUACAACCCCAGCUGCUCGACUGGCACCACUGCAGACCAUAAGUUCCAAGUUCAUUGUCAUGGGCACACAUACCCAGGGUAAAAAUGCUGUGAAAAUUAGCUCUUUGCAGCAGCAGCACAGUACAUUACAAAUGUGACAAACGUAAAGUUAUACGACAAAAUAAACAAAAAUAGACAUAAUGAUAUUAGUGCAAGUUGAGAGGAAUAUAGUCCAAGGUAGAAUUAGGGUUUUUCAGGUCGGUUGAAGAACCUGACGGCAGUGGGGAAGAAGCUGUUGUUGAACCUUGAGGUGUGGGUCUUCAGGCUCCUGUACCUCCUGCCUGAUGGCAGCAACGAGAAGCGGGCUUGGCCCGGAUGGUGGGGGUCCUUAAUGAUGGAUGUCGCCUUCCUGAGACAUCACCUCUUGUAGACGUCCUCGAUGGUGGGGAGAGCUGUACCCAUGAUGGAACUGGCUGAGUCCCACCACUCUGUGUAGCCUCUUGCGUUGGAGUUUGAGGUUUCACAGAGGAAGCAGAGGAGGACUCCUUCCCCGGUUUCACAAUGAGGUACACAACGCCAUGUAAUUGCAUCCAGUAUGGCAAAGGGACAAGACUUCUGCUCCCCCACUUUGCUCUUCCAGUGAACUCAAUGUCAAUUUAAGAUGCCUAUUGUGCUGCCCACCCAAUGGGAUGCUUCCACUGUGGAACGAGCACAAGCAUUUUGGGCCUUUAGGUGCCUGUUUUGUUGCCUGUAAAACAGUCACAGCACCGCCCUACUUCUAGAGCCCUGUGUUGUUGCUGUUACAACACUGCCCAAUGCUUUAUUUGUUCAUUUUUCAGGACAUGGGCAAUUAUUACCUGUUUCUAGAUGCUCCCUGGGAAGGUGAUGGUGACUGUCUUCUCGAAGCAAUGCCGUCUUUCUUAUGAUGUAUAAGUGAAGGAAAGCAAAUACAAUCAACAAGAGUUUUUGUACAAAAAAACAACCCUGUUAAAAGUGUGUUCUUAGUAUAGGGGAUAUAUUUUCUGACAUUCUGAUGUAAUCUGUGUUUUUUUAAUUUGAGAGUUUGAAGCAGAUAUCCUAAUUAGUUACCUCCUUCCUGGUUGAAAGAGCAGCCACAACUAUGCUCUGCACGAUUUCUUUGGACAAGCAUGUUAUGUGGUUAACACCAGUUUGGAAUCGAGCACUGGAGCAUACAAUAGACACAGUGAGGAUUGGGAUCUGAAACUUGCUUCUUGCCUUGGUCGCAAGAGAUGAGAUGUUCAGCUGAAGGUUUCUUGGGAGCUGGCCUUUUGUCUUAAUUGGGCUGAUUUUUGCCUUCACUAGGUUAUUUGACGAUUCAAGAACUUACUGCACAUCGCAAUCCUUUCUGCAAAUCCUGUCCCAUUCCAAGAGGUGACGACAGUUGUGUUUGAAGGAGGGGCUGUUGCAAAGUGGGCAAUGGUAAAUCAUCCAUUCAUGUUACACCCUGCUGGCAUUUGGUUUCCACUGGGCUUUGUACGUAAAGUAUCAGAUGAGGUGGAAACCAGACAGCCAGUUCAGCGUCAGCUGUCUAGGAGUUACAAAUCCUCUUGGAUUUGGAGAUGAACUAAUAUGUACAUUUGCUGUCUGCUUUAUCCUGAAGUCAACACCUGUUAAAAUGCCACAGAACUUGGCCCAGACCAAAUCCUUCAUCCCAUUCACUGCUUUGUGCAGGAGAAUAUUUGGAGGCAGUGGUCCAAAGGAGACCAGUGGUCCAGCAAGCCUCCCCCGCAGUCAUUUUGACAGAGGGCCUUGGCCCUUCCCUCAGCCCCAGCUGUAAGUGAUCUACAAGAAGCAAAAAAAAAAUUGCCCAAGGUCAAAUGGGGAAAAUAAAUCUGUUAAGUUCCUCUCUGUCCUCAGAGAAGUCCAGGGGAGCCCCCUUUAUCCAGGUGUGGUGUAAAUAUGGCCCUUGCUAUCACGCAGUGAGCUUGAGGUGGAAGCAGGGAUGGAAUUAAGAGAGAAUGGAAGAGGAUGGUAGGCUUGUGGAGAUAGAAACCUGGCCAAUUUCCGUGCUGUAACAUCUAUUUUCUGCCCCUUGCACUCUUGUAUUCAAAGCAAUUCUAGUCCAGGGUGGGACCCAACUUCUUUAUUUCUGGGGUGUGGAUGGUGCUGACCAACAUUUAUUGCUCAUCCCUGAACAAAUGGCUUGCUGGGACAUUUCAGAGAACAUUGACAUUGCUAUAGUUUAGAGUCAAGUAUAGGCCAGAACAAUAAUGAUGUAGUCCCAUUGUUAUAGAACAUAGAACAAUUAUCACUACUGAUGCUUAUUAUUUAUUCCAGAGUAUUUCAUUAACUGAAUUUAAAUUCCUCCACUCCUCUGGACAACUGAACUCCAUUCUCCAGAUCAAUACUCAGGCCUCCCAUAACUUAAACACUUUGCCACUAUUCCCACUCUGCAGUGUUGCAAGAGAAAAUUCUGUCUCCUAGAUUUGACUCAGUAUUUCUGUGGUUGUGGGCAGCAGACACUUGGGAUAGGAAUGGUUACACCUCCCAUUAUCUCCGUAGCCAAAAGCAACAGGGAAAUGUAUUCUCCAAUGUGUCAACUCAAAUGCUGCAGAUCACAGCCUGUUGAUUGAGAAUAUAAAGAACAUCGCUUGAUGCAAGAGCCAGUUUCAAUAGGGGGCAACAGAGUAGUUCUCAAAAUACUUUGCAGGUCAGGCAGCUUCCGCAGAGCAUCAUGUUUCAGGACGAUGGUAUUUAAUCAGAGCCCAGGAUAAUGAUCUGAAAAGUUAACUCUUUGUCUUCCGAGAUGCUGCCCGCCCUCUGGAGUAUUUCCAUCAUUUUCUGUUCUAAACUUAAAUGGUCUUCAGUGUUUGUAACAUAUUAAAGUUGUAUGUACUGGUUCUGGCAGUAUUUCUAAAGAUUGUUGGAGAUGCUGGUUUGCUUGUGGAUUCUGGGUGAAGAUUGAAUGCACCACAGGGCCUUUCCAGUUUCUGUUGAACAUUUUCAUCCAGUACAGCACAAGAUCGUCAGCUCCACCAGUCAAAGCAGUGACUCCCACUGCAUCCCAUGGCAUUGCUUCCUGUGUGUGAGCUCAAUCCUCCACGUUACCCGAUAGUUUCAGCUGUACCAUGUGCUUCGUUGAGUCCCUAUGCAAAGCCGAACAUUUCUCGCUUGGUGCUCUUGUUCUUCUAACUCUCCCCCCCCCCCACCCCAUUCCCCCUUGUGCGUUAUUUCAUAAAGUGAUGAUAAUUAUGCAUUGAGACAAAAUGUUGCUGUCUGUAAUGACAUUCCUGGAUGCGUUAGUGCAACAUAUCUGCACUGUAAUACUGUAAUUCUGUAGGUUCGAAAAAAGGUACUGUUUCUUAAAAAGAAAAUGUGAAUUAUUACUAUUUAAUAUAUAUAUAUAUAUAUGCAGUUGUUCUAAAGUUCUGUGAAAGAUAAAUUAUUAAUAACCUCAAACAGAAGAUGUUUUAAAACAUUUUUGUUGACAGUAAGGCAUUGAAUUAGUCAGCACUGAACUGCAGCUGCCAUCUACCUGCUCAUCACUGCGCACAAUAGUGUGGAUAACACUUAUCGAAAAAAGUUGCUGUUUGCUUGUAAAUUCUGGACAAAUAUUGAACACACCAAUAAGGCAUUACCACUCACAUUUUCAUCCAGCUUGAACCUUUCUUCCAGCCCUGUCAAUGUCACUGAUUGCACUCAGUGCCAUUGCUGUCUGUAAUCUUAAUCCCACCUCCAUUCAGUUCACUCAGUGAAUGUGAGUCAUAAAAUUGUACAGCAUGGAAACAGGCCCUUCGGCCCAACUGGUCCAUGAUGCCCCAUCCAAGCUAGUCCCAUUUGCCAGCGUUUACAGAGUCAUAAGAGUUAAUAAAUAAUUUUUUUUUUAGAGUACAGGUCAUUUUAAUUCAAUUAUUAUUCAGGCACAUAGCAAAAAUCUUCAGUUCUCCUUUUUGCAAUUGCGAUAGAAGAUCUGAUCCAGAUUUCGAUCGUGAUCUGUUAGAAUGGACAGGACCAAUUGUGAGCAACCUUUGGACUCGAUACAAAGGUUGGUUCCAAAGCAAAAUACCACAGAUGCUGAAGUCUGAGGUAAAAAUGAUGUUGGAAAUACUCAGCAGGUCAGGCAGCAUCUGAGGAGAAAAAAGUUAACUUUCUUUCUCUCUUCGCGGAUGCUACCUGGCAUGCUGUGCAUUUCCAGCCUUUUCUGUGCUGCUUAAAGAAAUAAAUGUUGGGUCUGAAGGAGGAGGGAUUAACAGACACAAAAAGUUGUUCAAUUCACCAUAGAGUCCAGAAGGUCGUAAGAUGCCGAGCUAAAAAGUGUUUCUUGAACUUCUGUGGAGCAGCGUAGGAGGCUGAGGACAGAGCAGUCAGUGGGAAUGAGAUGAAAGGCUUCGGGCCACAUCUUCCACAUAAGACCCAGGGGUUCCACUUGCAGCUGCUGGGUGGAAAGUUCAGGGCUCCUGAGAGGGGACAUCGGCAGAUGGUUGUGGUAGAAGCGUGCUGAGCUGGGCUAGAAGAGACGUUGCUGGCGUGAGAUCAAAGUGGGGGAAAUACCGUGAAGGUCAGGGAGCAUCUGUGGAAAGGGAGAAAAACAGACAGUGGUUGGAUCAUGAUGGACCUGCUCCAAGCCUCACAUUAACCCUACUGUGGCCUCUAACAGCUUCAUGUAGACACUGCAGGCCAGACACGACAGCAACCAGCCCACAUGUACUGGGUACGAAGGAGUUCCUUGAUGGUUCCUUGUGCUCUCAGUGUGUGUAAAUGUCUCAGACAAUUAGAGCAAUAUAGAAACUGUGCAAGAUCUGUCAUCGCUGGGUGAAAAAAUCUCUCUUAUCUUCAUGGCUGACCCCUUAUUUGAGACUCUGACCCUUGGCUCUAGAUACGCCCACUGGGAAAACCAUCAUCUCUGUAUUGAUCCUGUGUGGUGAUUACAUUGUGUGAUCCUCAGGGCCUGUAAUUCAAGUUGAAAGCUGUCUGAUCCUGCAGCUUGGUAAAACUUCCUAAGUAAGAAAUAUUCCUAAAUAGUCUUUGCUGUGGGAAAUGCUUAGAACAUAGAACAGGCAAAUAGGUUUAGCUUGAUUUGACAUUAUGGUCAGCAGACAUUGUGGGCAGAAGG